AUCUUCUUCUAAAACCCUAAAUAAGGAACAGAAAAAUAAAACCGCUUUUCCGAUUACCAUCGCCGCGAAAACGCUGAAAUCUCGACGAUGUCUCUUCUCCGGAAACUCCUGAAACAACCGACCAAUUCCAUAUUCAUCCCUCAAUCCGUAUCGGUUCGCUCUUUCUCCGCCGGAAAAUCUGAUAUCGAUACUCCUCGUCGUCGUCCGACCACCACCCACUACGACAACCUCGUCUACGCAGCCGGAAGCUCCGGCGACUUCGACGCCGUCCGACGCCUCCUGAACAAGCGUAUCACUGACGCUUGCUUCAACACCAAAGACACCUUCAAGUUCCUCGCCAACACCGCUUCCUACUCCUCCGCCGUCGCGCGUCUCUGCAGACUCGGCCGGAUCGAAGACGCUCUGAUCGUGGUCGAUGACAUGACCAGCGGCGGAUUCGGCGCGACGACCUCCACUUUCUACCCGAUCCUUAGCGUGCUCACGAAGAAGGACAAGAUCGAAGAGGCAUGGCGCGUGGUGGAUCUGAUGAGAUCGCACGCGUUGCCUCCCGACGUGACGGCGUACAACUACUUCCUGACCUCGUUAUGCUACGACGGAGACGUUGUGAACGCGAGCAAGGUGAUGAGGAAGAUGGAGGAGGAAGGUCUGUCUCCGGACACGCGUACAUACGACGCGCUUGUGUUGGGCGCGUGCAGGGCAGGGAAAGUGGAGGCUGCGAUGGUGAUACUGAGGAGGAUGGAAGACGAUGGGGUCGCGAUAUUAUACGCCACGCAUGCGCACGUUAUCGCGGAGAUGGUGAGCAGGGGCUAUUAUGCGCAGGCGGUGAAGUUCGUGAUGGCGUACGUUGGGAAAGACGAGAGAUUGGAUACAGAGAGCAUGGGAGGUUUGGCGAGUAAGCUUAUAAAGAGGAAGAGGUUUGAGGAGGCGAAGAUGGUUUUGAAGGAAAUGGGCAUGAGAGGAUUGAGGAUGGGAUCACAAUUGAGUGAUUUCUACGAAAAGCAGGUCAGAAACAGCUCUGAUAUUGCAGAUGAUUGAUUCAUUUCAUCGUUAUGGAGCUCUAAAUGUGAAUGUGCGUGUGCAAUCUGUGAGCUGAAUUGUAAGGAAGAUGUCGAGAUAUGCCGAAAAGAUCGAAACCUUGCUGCACCUUUUCGAAGAGGAGGCGAAAUUUCGGGAAAUUGGUUUGGAAGUGUUGCAGCUCAAGUAUUUGUCUUGCGUUUUCAAGAAAGCAAUGGUCAUAAUUCGACAGGGGUUGCUCAGACAAACCUCUGCUCCGGAGGCCAAGGAACUACCUGACCAGUUCUGUUGUGUAAUCAGAGAGACACUUCUCAGAAUCUCGAUCUCUGAGACAUUUAAGUUCAUGUUCAUGUUUUAU